AUGAGCGAUCCUUCGAACCAGCCCGCUCGUCCAGGCUCCCUCACCCCGGAGAUGAUCGAGUUUGCGACCAAGAUGUAUGACUCGGCUCGGGUAGGCGAUCUGGCAGUCUUCCAGCAAGCUCUGCCCGCAGGGCUGCCCCCGAACCUCACCAACGACAAAGGCGACACCCUGCUCAUGCUUGCAGCAUACCACGGUCACGCUGACCUCGUUCACCUUCUCAUCCAGCACGGUGCCGACCCGAACCGUUUGAACGACCGAGGCCAGAGUCCUCUUGCCGGCGCAGUAUUCAAGAAGGAAGACGAAGUCAUUCAGGUACUACUGGACGGAGGCGCUGACCCCGAAUACGGCAAACCGAGCGCCGCCGAGUGUAUCACCAUGUUUAACCAAGAGGAUGUGUGGAAGAGCAAGUUUGAUGCUGCACCUGGCAAGGGACAGGCUGAUAAAGGGCGAUCUUGA